AAGAAGCAUAAUGUCUGGACGUGGUAAAGGUGGCAAGGGUCUUGGUAAAGGUGGUGCAAAGCGUCAUCGUAAAGUGUUGAGAGAUAAUAUUCAAGGUAUUACAAAGCCAGCUAUACGCCGCUUAGCUCGUCGAGGUGGAGUGAAGCGAAUUUCUGGUUUAAUCUACGAGGAGACUCGAGGAGUGCUUAAAGUUUUUCUGGAAAAUGUUAUUCGAGACGCUGUCACUUACACUGAACAUGCCAAGAGAAAGACUGUUACUGCCAUGGAUGUAGUGUAUGCUUUGAAGAGACAAGGACGUACUCUAUAUGGUUUUGGAGGUUAAGUUUCACUCGCCGCUAUAAAACAUC